CGGCUAGACGGCUAAGCUAGGCUAGACUGUCAGGUUAGCUGUCUUCGAAAAUAAUAUCAUGGUAAACAAAAUUUAGGAAGCACCGGAAACUCCAUGGUUGUUGUUACAAAGGGAAGUAACUCUCAUAAAAAACUCGGCUCUUGUGGAAGCUGUUGGAAAUUUAAAGCAUUGUGUGUGUGAUAACAGCAGUUGAAAUUGCUUUGUUGGACCUUGAGAAGUUUGAAGAAAGCUGUAGCCUUAGAUAUAUCUAGAUUCUUGAGAGAGCAAAAUGUCAAAUUUCGAACUUCAGUAUGAAGCUCUCUGCAAUGGAAAAGUACCGGUCUCAAAGUACCGUUCUAAGGAAACGGGUCUGACAGUCUGCAUUGCCCAGGUUGAUGGGCCCAUUGUCAACGGCUAUAUUUGCUUAGCCACUGAAGCCCAUGAUGACGACGGCCUUCCUCACACCCUGGAGCACCUGGUCUUCUUGGGGAGCGAGGACUUUCCUUACAAGGGCAUUUUGGAUCAGUUUGCCAACCGGUGCCUGGCCUCUGGCACAAACGCUUGGACGGAGACUGACCACACGUGCUACACCAUGACCAACGCUGGCUCCGAGGGCUUCUUGAAAUUGUUGCCCAUUUACAUGGAUCACAUCUUGUACCCGACCAUCACUGAGUCUGGCUACGUCACAGAGGUGCACCACGUGGAUGGGUCAGGGGAGGACGGCGGGAUCGUGUACUGCGAGAUGCAGGCACGGGAGAAUACUGGAGAGAGCCGCACACAGCUGGCCUUUCUCCGCGCCAUGUACCCGGGACACUGUGGCUACAAAAGCGAGACCGGCGGCAUCAUGAAGAACCUACGGGAGAGCACCUCCCACGACAAGGUGAAGAGAUACCACAAGGAGUUUUAUCGUCCCGAGAACGUCUGCAUCAUCAUCUCAGGCAGCAUCAAACCCGACGAUGUCUUCCGAGUGCUUGAGCCGGUGGAUAAGAAAAUCAUAGCCAAGGGCUGCAGGUCAGAGUUCACCCGGCCGUGGCAGGACGCGGUGCCCCCACUGACAGAGACGGUGCGACAGACGGUGUACUACCCCUCGGAGGACGACGAGUACGGCAUGGUGCACAUCGGCUUCAGGGGACCACCCUCCAAGGCGCUGUACGAGCACCUGUGCCUGAGCAUCCUCACAGACUACCUGGACACAUCGGCCAUCUCACCCGUGCAGAGGGACAUGGUGGAGAUUGAUGAGCCGUUCGCCGGAUCCGCGGACUUCAACAUCAUCGAGAACUCUGCCAUGACGGUGUACAUCACCUUCCAGAACGCAGACGUGGAGAAGCUGAAGGAGAUCGAGGAUGAAUUCAUGAAAGUGCUGACCAGAAUAGCCAGCGGCGAGGAGGCGAUUGAUAUGCAGCGUCUGUCGACCAUUAUACACCGGAGAAAGCUAGAUACUCUCAGCAGUUUGGAGUACAUGCCGUGUGAUUCCGUCGCUUUCUUUGUGAUAGGACACUUCCUGUAUGGGGACGGUGAGCAAGACCUGUACGGUCGUUUGAACAUGGUGGAGUUCUGUGGCCGGAUGCUGUCGGAGUCGACCGACUACUGGCUCGACCUGUUGAAGAAAUACUUCAUCGGCACCCCGAGGGUCGUGGUCACCGGCAUCCCCAGCCUGAAUCUGGGUGUGGACAUGGGCAAAGAGGAGGAGGAUCGCCUGGAGCGACAGAAGGAGGAGUUGGGGGUGGAUGGCAUGAAGGAGUGUAAGAUGAGGGUGGAGAAGGCCGAGGAGGAGAACUCGCGUCCAGCCCCGCCGUCAGUCCACGAAAAGAUCCGCCCCCCGAGCGUGUCAGGCAUCCACCUACACAGCAUCAGCCCCAGCACCAACGUGCCAGCCAGCGCCACGCGCAACAAGGACAGCAACCCCGACUUCCCGCUGUCUGGCCUCCCCUUCCGCUUCAUGCUCGACGACAUCAGCACCAACUUUGUCGAGCUGAACGUUCUGUUGGACACGUGUGCGGUGCCGGAGCACCUGAAGGAUUACCUGCCCCUGUACUGCGACAUGUUGCCUGAGUCGGCGAUACUGGGAGACGACGGGGUUUUGAUCCCGUACGAGAAAGUGGUUGCGGAGAUUGAGGCGGACACCCUGCAGUGUGGGGCGGGGCUGGGCUUCCCGGGCUCCACCUACUUCCGCUGUGGCUCCUUCCCUCAGCUGUUUACACUGACCAUUAGGGUGGAGGAGGCCAAGUACGAGACGGCUGUGUCCCUGGCCAAAAAACUGCUCCACCGCGUGACCUUCACCCCGCAGAGGACCAAGGUCGUGGCCCAGAAAAGGCUCAGCGACAGCUCCUCGGCCAAACGCAGCGGCGCCAAGGUCAUGAAGACCGUGCUGAGGCAGCUGUGCUUCAAUAGUGAGUCCAACCUGCGAGUGAUGUCUAUGGUCAAGCAGCAGACGUUCCUUUCGAAGCUGGUCAAAACCUUGGACAAGGACCCAGACUGUAUUCUGUCGGACCUAAACAAGCUCAAGUCCGUGCUGACCUCCCCGUCCAACAUUCGCGUCCACCUGGCGUGCGACGUGAAGAAACUGGCGGCCAGAGCGCCCCCGGCCGACGUCUGGAAGGAUUUUGUGCCGGGCGUCACCGAGACCAUGCCCAACCACAACCUGGAAACGGUGACCUCGACCUUCCGUCUUCUGCGGCCGGUGGAGGAAGUGAAGAGCCGGCACUGCAUCGUGGGAAUGAAGGAGGUGGAGUCUUCCUACAUGAUCCAGGCGGUGCCGUGCGUCUCCGACUUCUCGCACCCCGACCUCCCGGCCCUGAUGGUGCUGCUGCAGUACUUCACGCAGUGUGAGGGACCCAUGUGGAGGCGGAUCAGGGGACUGGGGCUCAGUUACAACUACAGCAUGGUGGUUGAUCCUGAGUCUGGACUUCUCUUCUUCGGACUGACCAAAGCCACCUACAUCCAGGACCCGUACAAAGAGGCCAAGAACAUUGUGUUUGAGUACCUGGGCGGGGAGCAUCAGUUUGAGCAGCUGGAGCUGGAGGCGGCCAAGUCGAGUCUGGUGUUUGAGCUGGUGGAGGAGCAGAAGACGGUGCUCAAGGCCUCGGAGCAGUCGCUGCUGACCUACUUCCAGGCUGUACCCAGCUCUUACAACAAGGAGAUGUUGGACCUGGUGUCCCGGGUCACCCUAGAGGACCUGGAGCGUGUCGGCGUCCAGUACGUACAGCCGCUGUUUGACCCCGCCCGGACACGCUGCGCCAUCUGUGUCAACCCCACCAAGGUCAAGGCCACACAGGACCAGUUCUUAGAGAAGCACGGCAUGCAUCUGAAGGAGGUCUCUCUCAACGACAAGGCUCUGGCUGCCCUCUGAAGUGUGGAAGUGUGUCCCUCGCUCAAGUCGAUGCGCGCCGUCGGUUACUUCGUACAUCGUCACUUCACAGGCUGUCCUGGCAGCAGUUGGGGGGGAGAGGGGGGGGGGAAGAGGAGGAAAGAGGAAGAGGGAGCGGUGGGUGGGGAGUACUUUAGGGAAAGCAAAGUUGAAAUGGAUAGAGGAUAGAGGGAGAGAGAGAGAGAGGGGGGCGGGAGAGAGGGGGGCGGGAGAGAGAGAGAGGAGCGGGAGAGAGAGAGAGAGAAAGAGGGGAAUACAUGCAGAGGGUGAAAGAAAUAAUAGUUUGAGAUGGGAGAUAGUGGGAGAAAGAGAGAGAGACAGAGAAAGAGAGAGAGAGAGAAGUACAUGGAGAAGGAGAAAGAGUAUAGGGUAAGGGAUAGAGGUGGCCUAUUGUCUUUUUGAGGAUGAAUUCUGCCAGACCUUCUGCUGAUGUGUUGAGUGGUGUGUAGUGAAUGGAAGAAGUGCUACCUCAUUUUGGAGAGAGAGAAGGAGGGAGGGGGAAAAAAAGAGAGAGAGAAGUACAUGUAUAGAGAGGGAGACUGCAAUUGACUUGAGAUGUCGGGUAGAGGGAGAAAGAGAGGGAUAAAUACAUGGAGAGGGAGAAAGGAAUUGACUGUGACGGGGAUAGAGGGAGAAAAAGAGGGAUAAAUACUUGGAGAAGGAGAACGUAAUGGUCUGAGAUGGGGGGACAGAGGGAGAGAGAGAGAGGUAGAUAGAUAGACAGAGAGAGUUCUAUGUAAAACCAAAACAGAUUGUCACUGAUGUUGUCCAGAACUGCUAGCACUACCACAAUGUGUGUUUCUCUCUCUGUGAGUGAGCUGGUCAAGUUUGUCCCCGUCCUCGUCAGUUCUGCUCUCCCGAGGCAGGGCGACAUAACUGCACAUUUCAGUAUUUGGAGAAAAAUUAAAUGAAAUUUGAUUGAUGAUUUGCUCGUCUAAGGUUAUGAAUGCUUUUUAGAAAUAGUUAUGGAGAUAUUAUAUGUGGCUAUGCCAUUGACAGUGAGGUUGAGAUCCCUUCACUUACAUAGUUUUACCACUUUGGAAACUUUUAUUUCGGAUGAAGGCAUUGGUGGUUUCGUGGUUAGACUCUCUGACUUGUAACCGUAAGGUCAUGGGUUCGAAUUCUUGUCAGGGGCCCGGCGUUGUGUUCUUGGGAAAGACACUUUUACACAAAUUUUCCUCACUUCAGCCUCCUCUUGUGCUCCUCUUUAGUCAAACGGACAAAGAUAACCUGAACAUUAAGAUGGGUAAUACUUGCUUGUACUGUAGCUUGAAAUGAUCUUUUUUUUAUGCUGAAAAGGCAAAUGUUUACUAUUUCAAACUAUGCCUGUUGUGACAAAGCUGGGAAUAGGCUCCUUUUUUCCUAUUAAAAAUUUACCAUCUCUAUCUCCCCUCCUUCUUUUUUGUGUUUGUUACUCUCUUGUAACACAUCUAAUCUUUGGCACUUAUAUGACCUUAUUGUGUUGCAAGUGCCGUAAAACUCUUACUAAAACAAUGGAGUAGGCUUGCGAGUUGUAAGAAGAAAAGUUCAGUGGUCUCACUAUUUCAAUAACGGUGUAAAAUGUGAAUGUCUACGUUAAUGUACCGUGCAUAAAACAGGUGGAGCCUACACUGAAGUCUGGAUGUCUGCUCUGUGGAAAUCUUCCGCUCAGAACUAUUUUGUCCACAGUCGAGUCUUUAUUGAAGUACACUUUGGACAAAAUAGUUCUGAGGCCACGAAAUGCUGUCUACUUUUUUUCUAUUAGUGUGACUCGUGACUAUGACUCUCCCCGUCGUUUUAUGAAAGAAAAAUUCUGAAAUUGUGCAAACUGAGCCCAAAAAUGUGAAAUGAUGCGAUUCUGUUAAGUUUAACAAA